CAUGGAAACAUAUACCGCAUGAACGAAUCAGUAUUACGGAUUUACAUAGAAAGCUUGAAAAACUAGCCGUUAAUUACCCAAUUCCUCCUGGUGCACCAGUGCUUUUGGAUGAUAAAUCAUUAAACUUUGAUGGAAGUUUAGUAUCUCCAGAACCUGAGAGUGCUCCAUUAUUUAUCCCUCUUGACAGAGGAAUCGAACUUCAUAAAAAGAGGGAUCAUGUGAACGCGUGGAAAUGCUUUAACGAGAAUGCUGAUCUCGGCGAUAACUCUGCAAAAUAUUGGAAGGGAUAUUAUUUAUGUUACGGAUAUAAUGUUGUCGAAGUAGAUGAAAGGCGUGCUAUGGAACUUUUUAAAGAAGCUGCUGAUAAUGAUCAUCCAGAUGCACAAUAUCGUUAUGCAAUGUUAUCACUUUCAAGUCUAAACAAGGAGGAAAGUGACGAUAAAAAAGAAGAAAUUUGCAAAGAAAUUUUACAUUAUUUCAAAUUAGCAGCUAAUAGCAAUAAAAAGAAUUAUGAUGCAGUAUAUUAUUUGGGUGAUAUUUAUUUAAAUGGAAAACUUAAUGUAGAACAAAAUAAGGAGCUUGGAUUAAAGUAUUUAAAUUUAGCUGCUGAUAAUGCACAUGCAAAAGCAAAAAAGCUAUUAAAUG